AUGGUGGCUGCAAGUGUAACCAUACAAGUUGAGUCUGAAGUGGCAGCAAAGAGAUUGUGGAAUGCGCUAGUGAAGGAUCACAGUCUCAUUGCCAGGGAAAUGCCAGAGUUAUGUACAGGAGUCACAUUUCUCCAAGAGUAUGAUAUAGUAAAUGAUAGUACAGGCGCGACGGAGUUUAGCUAUGUGAAGGAGCGCGUGGACGUUGUUGAUGAAGAAAAUUUUAUAUACAGCUACACCGACUUGGAGGGAGGAGAGCUGGGAAAGAAUUUGAAAUCUGCUCAGUUCACCCUUAAGAUGAGUCCAAAGGCAGAGGGUGGAAGCGUUGUGACUCACAUCUGCAACUUUGACACUCUCCCUGGCGUUCCACAAGAGGAAUCCAAACUUGAAGCGAUGAAAGCCCAGCUCACCGCUUUGUUUAAGAAGAUGGAAGCAUAUGUCAUCGCUAACCCCACUUUAUAUAAUGCAUGA